AUGGCUUGGCGAGCGGAGUACUUAACAGACGACACCUACAAACAUCUGGUUGCUCAGGUGUGUAUCGAUAUUACAGCAGCCCUGCCAACAAUUCUCCUGAAUUCGCUGGUUAUUUUCGCCGUGGUAACAAGACGACGACUACGAAACAACUCUACCAUACUUCUUGCUUGUCUAGCAGGGACGGAUUUGUUAACUGGCCUUGUUGUUCUACCUCUUGCCUUCUCGCUAGACUUGAAGCGCCUUCUUGGUGUUGGGCCAUUUUGUUCGCCAGAAAAAGCACUGAAUGUGAUAAUAACGAUAUCAAUUUUUGCUUCGUCGGGUCAUUUGGUCGUGAUCAGCAUUGAUCGCUUUAUAGCUAUCAAAUACCCCCUGAGGUACUUGGAUAUUGUCACAGAAGAGAGAAUAAAAAUCAGUAUUAUUCUAGCCUGGGCUAUUGCUUUGAUAAUGUCAAUCAGUGAACUUGUUCUGGCUCUAAUAGACAGUAAAAGCAUCUACCUGAUUUAUUCGGUCGUGAACUCUGUGACACAAAGUGGUACUGGAAUUCUUUUCAUUUUUACCAUUUCAUUGUGUUAUGGUUACAUUUACUCAGAGACACGAAGACAACUUAAACGCCUCAAAACCGAACAACUUCCCCAAGAGCAAGUCCAAAGAAUCAAGAAAGACAGAAGGGCAGCUAUCACUCUAGCAAUCGUUCUAAUUACUUUAGUAAUAACUUAUUUACCAGCAAUAAUAAUUUCGUUAGUGACUGCUUCUUCAGAUAGCAUUUUAGUAGAGGCGCGUUUUAUAGCCAUUACUUUUAGCUGGGGGGGAAUUCCAAUGAUGUUAGGCUCCCUGUGUAAUCCUAUCAUUUACUGUUGGCGUAUGAAGAAACUACGACACGCAUUUCUGGAGAUACUACAUCUAAGAAAACCUGACAACACCGUGCCAGAAGCAGAAAUUACAGGAACUCAGCCCUUUCAACCUAGACCGACGUUUUGUAGAACAGACCAGGCUUUCUUGUCACGCGGAAACGGGCAACCAGUUUUGGUGUCUUUUUGCCAGCAGCCAGUCGAAUGCCUCCCUCGCAUCGAAGAAGCCAGAGGGGAAUAG